UUUAAUUCGAAUGUCCUCUUCACAGGAAGUAGUAACUUAACUUCCUGGAUUGAUUGCGCGGUCAAGUUGGAGGUCACUUUGCUUUAAAAAAGCAGUCAUGGGUGGGGAUCAUGGGCAUGGCAAGCUGUCCAUGCCUGACUAUAAAGUGUGGAAAUGGGAAGGAACGCCGCUGGAAGCAACCCAGCAGAGGCUCGCUCGAAGAGGACUCAGGGACCUCUGGGCUCGGAAUGAGGCAUGGAGAUAUACGGGCAGCUUUGGCAUCCCAGUUACCUUCCGAGACGUUCUCCUCCGUGGAUUUAAGACGGGAUUCGCAGCGUUUGCCGUGGCACUGGCAGUGGAGUAUGCUUUCUUCCCUCCAAAGAAGUCAGAGCACUAAUAGUGUGGCUAAAGCUCAGCUGAGCCAGUCGCCGCCGGACUCUGUGUUUGCUGCAGGUUUUAAGCCUGUUGUUGUCUAUCCAUGAAGACAUUAGCCCAUGAAAGGCUUCCUAAUACCUGUGUUCAUUCAUCUUUAUGAUUCCUAUGACUAGUAUGUAAAAUAAAUAUACAUUAAUUGAAUUGG